AUGGGUGAACGAAAAGGUCAAAAUAAAUAUUAUCCACCAGAUUUCGACUGGCGAAAACAUUCAUCUCUAAAUGCUUACCAAGGUGUUCAUGCUCUCCGUGAACGUGCACGGAAACUCGAUCGAGGUAUUCUUAUUAUUCGAUUUGAAAUGCCAUAUAAUAUAUGGUGUAAUACAUGUGAAAAUCAUAUUGGCAUGGGUGUACGUUAUAAUGCUGAAAAAACAAAAAUUGGAAAUUAUUAUACAACACCAAUAUAUCAAUUUCGUAUGAAAUGUCAUUUAUGUGAUGGACAUUUUGAAAUAAAAACAGAUCCUAAAGCUCGUGAUUAUGUUAUUGUCAGUGGAGCACGUCGUGAAGAACAACGAUGGGAUGCAUCACAAAACGGACAAAUUGUUAUGGAAUCAACAGAAGAAAUGAAAAAACUUGCAACUGAUGCUAUGUUUAAAUUAGAAUAUGAUGGUAAAGAUGCAGCAAAAAAAACAAAUAAAUCAACACCAGAUUUAAAUGAACUUGAAAUGCAUCAAAGUGCAUGGAAAGAUGAUUAUAUUAUUAAUUAUGUUUUAAGAAAAAAUUUACGACAAGCUAAACGUGAAGAUCGUUUACAAAAAGAAGCUGAUGAUAGUGUAAGAAAAAAAGCAUCAAUUGAUAUUCCUCUUUUACCUUCAAAUCGACAAGAUGAUCGAUUAGCUAAACUAUAUCGAUUAGAAUCUCUUCGAUCUGCCGAACAAACUGAAAUUGAUCGACGUGGAGCAAUUGAUCAGCAACAAGUGUUAAAAGGAACAUUACAGACACCAUCGGAAAUUAAUUGGACACCAGCAACAUUUACAAGCAAUAAAAAACAACUUUCAUCUGCUUUAGGAAUUGUACGAAAUGUUGAUAAACCUCAGCAAUCAUCUGAGACAAUAGUAAAAUCUCUUGUUUCCUAUGAUGAUGAUGAUGAUGACUCUUCUUAA